AUGGGCGAGGUGGGACUCGGACUUACCAAACCAGCAGAAGCUCAUUUCGAUGACCUGGAGGACUUUCUCUGCACGGUGGAGCGUCAUCCCGGUUCCUUUGAACAGAAGAUCAAGUUCCUGCGCGCAGCUUGGGAUGCCAAGAUGGAAGCCGUCCCGCAGAGCAUCCAACAGAGUUCAGCUGCUCUUCAGCUUCCAAUGGACCGUCCUCACAGCAGCGGCAAUGAGUGCCCGAUGUGGACGUGUCUCGGCUUGCUGCUGGUCAGUCUCUUGAAAUAA